GUUGAAAAAUAAACUCCUGGUUUCUAAAACCUCUACUCUUCUCAUCUCAACGCAUAACACACACACAAAUUCAGAAACAAACCCUAAUCUCCAAAUCUCUGUGUUUGCCCAAAAAUGUCUGAAGCUCUGGACAUGUCGCUCGAUGAUAUCAUCAGAAACAACAAGAAAAAUGGAGAAUCUUCUGGUAAUUUCACGGGUAGAGGCAGAGGAAGAGGCCGAGUCAGAGGCUCCGGUCCCGGUCCAGGUCCAGCUCGUCGACUCCCGAACCGUACUUCGACCAGAAUGACGCCGUAUUUCGCACCACAGGUGGCUCAAGUGCAAGAAUUCUUGACGAUUGGAGGGGCAAACACCGAGGCAGGGACGAAGCUGUAUGUAUCCAACUUAGAUUACGGGGUUUCUAAUGAGGAUAUUAAGGUGCUAUUCUCAGAGGUUGGUGACCUCAAACGACACUCAAUUCAUUAUGAUAGGAGCGGAAGAUCAAAGGGAACUGCGGAAGUGGUUUUUUUGCGUCAGUCAGAUGCCUUAGCAGCUAUCAAGAGAUACAACAAUGUACAGCUUGAUGGGAAACCAAUGAAAAUUGAGUUGGUCGGAGUGAAUCUUGUUACUCCUGCUGCUAUGCCUCCGACUACAAAUGGCAUAUUGGGAAAUCAUCCGGGUGUCACUUUCAGAAGUAGACAAGAAAGGGUUUCAGGUAGAGGAUUGGAUCGUGGUGGUGGUGGCGGCGGCCGUGGAUUUGGGAGGGGUCGUGGACGAGGGGGAGGCCGUGGUGAGAACCUAUCUGCUAAAGAUCUUGAUGCUGAUUUGGAGAAGUAUCAUUUGGAAGCUAUGCAAUUAAACUAAAAUUCUUAUCUAAUUAUGAAUUUCUGGGACAGUUUUUAGGAUGUUACCUGGAAUUUGCUUGCUCUGUGUUUCAUAUGCGAGUAUGCUGGUCACUCACUAUACACACUAUUAUAUGUUCUAGCAAGAGUUGGAUACUAGUGAAUCAAAAUUGGUUGUUCCUUGCUUCUGAUAUUGGUCAGAAUUUACAGCUAACAUUGUGCUGUCAGUUACACAUCUGGGCUAACCUGCUUUUGUGCUUUAGGUUGAGGCUCUCUCGCUAUAUGUAUAUAUAUAUUAUAUAUUUAUCCCAACAUGGUAAUGAAAUUAUUUGGAUGUCAGUUUUUUA